AUGGAUAUUCCUUUCAAAUCUAAACCAAAGGUUUCAAUUGCAGACCACUUGGAGGCCUCGCUCUUUGCGAACAAUAAGCAGCCCAAAUCUCUACGAUCGAACAUUGCUCGUGUUCCCACAUCCCCUGAACUUUCCGAGGCAACCAAGGAGAGAGGUACCUUGGAGCCCACUAAUUACAAGCUUACACGCACUUACUCUGAGACAGAGACUAACAAUUUUGAUGCAGACACCGGACACAGACUUUUUGACGAUGGCAAAAUCCGGACAAAACCCUCUAGAAUCCCAUCUCCAGUUCGGCCGGAUUACUAUGACCAGCCGUCUUCUCGAAGCAGUCUUCAACAGCUUUAUGUAAGGUCCCACGAGACAGCCAUGGACCUGGAUGCGGCCACUUUCGCUGGUCUAGAGGACGAGUAUAUUCCCGGGUUGGACUUUGCAUCUUUGGCAUCGCAGUGGAAUAGACCAAGCUCUGAUUUAUCGACUUCGGUGUCUCGAGACGCCCUGUUCCUAGACCUUAAUCUGCUCCAUGCAAAGGUGGCACCUCAGCCCAUCCAGUAUCGUAAUCCGCAAUUUUCCAAAAGUCUGGCAUUUACCUUGGCCCCCGAUUCGGCUGAGGACCCCCAAAAGAAGAAGCACAAGGCUUCACCCAAGGACAUAGACGUUUCAAGCUUCGAGGCUGUACUUGCGAGUCUCCCAUCGAAUUUCAACGAAUUCCCGUACUCACAGAGGAAAAAGCUUGUGAAGCAGGUUUCAGAGACCAUCGACUACUCUCAAUUCUCCCAGUUUGCCAAAUCCUAUUUCUCUGAGAAGCUUUCUGGGAACCAAAGUGCAAAAUCUUUCCGUUCAGACCCUGCAUCCUUCGGCAGGAACGGAAGCUUUCUUCGUCGUUCACGGAGGAACUCUGCCAAUACUGUCGCAGGUCGCUUGUUGGCACUUUCACUGUCUCUGGACUUGAAAAAGCUAGAAAAGACCAUUAAGCAUAAUGUUGACGAGAAAGGCGCCUAUGUGCUUGAUCACCAACUUGGUAAAGUCAUUGGGUUCGGUGCUUGGGGCAUCAUCCGUGAGUGCGUAUCAAAGAAUGGUACUCUUCGUGCAGUCAAAAUUGUAAAAUCUACGAAGGAGCUCGACCGUUCCUCAAAACUUCAUAAUCCUAAGGUGUUGCAGAUAUUUCGAAAAGAAAUUGCUAUCUGGCAGCAACUCAAUCAUCCGAAUAUUCUUCCAUUGUUGGACAGUCUCGAGACCGAUGAUGUUAUCUUUUGCUUAACGAAUCGCAUUACCGGCGGCACUCUUUUUGAUCUUGUGACGCGAUGGGGAAUUUUUAAUGAAGGUAUAGAGAACACACACGGCCCUGUGACUUUUUCUCUUGAUUGCCAAACAAAAAGAAUGCAGACAACAAUCGAAUUUGUUCGCCAAAUCGUGGAUACAUUAUUGUAUAUGCAUGAAGACCUAGGAAUUGUUCAUGGCGAUUUGAAAUUAGAGAAUGUUUUGGUCGAUGACCUGAACCCAGCAGAUAUACGAAUGAUCCUAUGCGACUUCGGAAUGUCUCGGGUUUACACUACGAGAUUGAAGAAAGACAUUUUGAGGAUUGAUGACAGUUCAGCAAUGGCUCGCUCAAAGAGUUCAUUCGCAUCGAUCAGACGGCCCUAUAACGGGCCAGACUCUGUUAACACCAGGGAUCUUUUCGCCGAUGAUUGUAAGAUUGGUGUUCUGCAUUUGUUUAGAAGCCACGGCCCAUCGAUCAACUCAGUCCUGCUUGCUGAGCAAGACUCUCAUUCUUCUAGUCUCGCGAAUUUCCACGAAUUCAAGUCGAAGGACAAUAAGCUAUCUGAGACUGAUUCGGAUCUUCCUCAUCUGCACAUUGGGUCAUUACCCUAUGCUGCGCCAGAACUUCUUGAACCUCAACCUCCACCAUUGGGGCCUUCUGCCGAUAUUUGGGCUCUUGGUGUCCUCAUAUUCACUAUGGCAGUAGGCAAGUUACCUUUCCAACAUCCAUACGAACCAAGAUUGCGGGCAAUGAUCACCGCUGGCAAGUACAACAAACUGGACAUGAUGCAUGCAUGCCUCAUGGAAUGGCUUUUAAAGGAUGAGCCCAAGAAAGCCGGUUCGAUGGUUGAUAUGAACAGAGUGAGUGAGAUUGAAAAACUCAAGAAGGAUUGGGAAGAACUCGAUCAUGAGAGGUUUGCAUGGUUCAAUGACUUGGUAUGUGGUUGUUUGCAGAAGGACAUUACGAGGAGAUUAGACCUUGUGUCUAUUGCGGGAGAACUCGCAGAGCAUGAACCUUGCAAUACGUAA